AAAGGUGAUUUUUAUAUUUAUCGCUUUUUGUAAGUAAACAUGUGCUUCUGCUUUCUAUCGAUUUAAUUUUUGUGUUAUUACACAUUUAAUUUUUAUACGAUGUGAACUCGAUUUUUCAUUGUAAGAUAAAGAUGAUUAAGUGGAAGAUAGAAGAUUGGUUAAAAAUGUUGGAAAUGCUCCUCGGCAUCAUGAUAUUCGGAUUGCAUUCGGUGGCUAGUGCAUGGUGGCGUCCUUUCGACGGGAAGGUCAUCCCACUAAUGAAAUCGACCGGCUUAUGCAGCCCUUUAAUCCCACAGAUGUUCAGAACCGGGUCGUACUUCUACAGAUCGGAGGAAUUAGUGAAACCAGUAAACCUAUUCGUCAUGGCUUACUGCUUCGUGUCAUAUUUUGCUGGUUGCCUUCUACUCAUCUCUGAAGCAAUUAGCUCAAGUAGCAGGAUAGUUUCCAAAAAUGUCGACUUGUUUACAGCCUUUGUUGCUGCAGUCCUUGCUCUACUUUACUUUGUAGAUGUGGUCCUUGCUGUAAAAGAAUAAACUUGUCAUUAAACAUUAAAAUACAGUUAUUUCUUUUUUAUCAUAUUGUCAAUUAUAAUUGCCAUAUUUG